ACGUUUGCGUAACGUGAUACGUGCGCUGGCUGGGGACAGUUUGAUAACCAUUUCCGUCUUUUUCUCAUUCAUAUCGCUGUGUUUAUUAAGAGAUUCACGUUAAGAGAUUACAUUUUGCAUGAAGUUCUGUUUGUUAGUGUGUAAGUACAUCCAUAUGGACCCAAACAGCGUCAGUCGCGCGAACUGGGCCAUAAACCGCCGGGCGGAGGGUUUAGUAAGUAAACACAUGGCAGACAUGGAACAGAGACGAUCCGCGGUGUCUGAGGAGGUUAUGCACCCUCUGCCAGGAGACUUGAGCAGAAGCACAGAAGACAUCCCUGGGCGGGCCGAGGUGAAUUUUAGCGCGGAUUCACAGUCCUACAAUCCUGCAGGAGGAAAGUUAAUGCGCGAGGAUGCGUCCUCAACAUCAGAGACAGCAGCUCAUAGACAAAUCAUAUCGCUCCUUACUGAGAUCAGGGAGGAACAACAGAGGCAAUGGGAAGUUCUGAAAGACCUGCAGGCCAGGAUUCAUGGACAGGUGUGUGAAGAGGAGGACGAGCCACUUGACGUAGAUCUGCCACUACGAACAAUGGAACAGCUUGAUGAAACAGAGCAGCAUUUAGAGGAUACUGAAGCUCAGAAGAGAAUGGUGUCACAUCUCUCACGGAUGGGCGGAGCUACGGUAGAUGAUGCGGUUCGGCGUCUAAUGCACGCUGUUCUCUCUUUCAGUGUGGGCUCAGAGCUCAACUGGGUUGGCAGAGGACAGAAAAGGAGCUUCAGAAACACCAGACUGCAGGGUGUUUUGUUUCGUGCCUUGAAAAGGACACCUGUAGGAAAGGAGGCCACGCACCACCAGUUUGCUGAUGUGGUGAAGAAAUGGUUGCGGUUUGCCCCUUUUAGACAAAGAGGAAGUGGACGAAGACCGCAUUGGAAACCUGUUGAGUUCAUCUGUCCUAAAUAUGACAGUAGUUUGGAGGAUCAUAACCAGCUGGAUUCUGGGGAGAUUCAGGUGACAAUAUAAUUACACUAAGUGUUGUAUGACUAAAUGUCCAAAGACAAGUAAAGUGAAAUCAGUGAAUGAAGAAAUGACAAGAGUGUGAAGGAUUGGCUUUCAAAUUGUUUCUUUUUUGCCAUAUUACAUUCUUUCUAUUAUAAUAUUUGCUUUGUUUUCUUUAAGUUAAAAUAUACUAUUGUUACGAGAAUAAUUUGCAGAUUUUCAAAUUAUAGCAUUAAUCUUAAAAAAAAUGGGUAGAUGUAAAUAAUUCUGUUAUAAUGAUUCUUUUACCCGUGCAAUUUUAUUUUAAUUAUAUUGUAAAAUGUCUUGUUUUAAACGCUGAUGCCAAUAUAUUUCCAUAAAAAAGUUUGCAAUACAUUUUGCAAAUGUUAUGACAAUAAACAGACACCAGAGUUAAGAAUUUCAAUCAUUAAAGAAUUAAUAAGUGUCACAGAAAAUGUCAGAUUGCUGUAGAAAAAAAAACUCAAAUGUAAUUUAAUGACUUUUCUCAAUAACAUAGCUAAAUGCACUUACUCACUUGGUAUCUUUGUUAAGGUGGACCAUUUUCCAACAGUUUUCUAAGAACUCUUGCUUCCUGGAACAUAUAAAAACACAUUAAAAACUAUGUAUCUAUCA